UUUGUGGAAGCUGCUAAAUAAACACCACCUUGCACGGUGGAGGGAAAAAGGAAAGGUCAUGAGCCAUGAGGUUCAACUUCAUCAAGUCACAGAACGAACUUGUGAGAUGGCAAAAUUAGACUCCACUUGGAAAUUAUAGAUUCAGAGUUUGAAUACACUAGUUCCCAAGCUACUUCAUUAUAGGUAUUCUUACAGAGAAGCUCUUCAAGUUCUAGAAAAGUACAAGUAAAGCCCUCUCCAUACAGUAAGCAAAUAUGGCAGAAAUAUCUCCUUGGCGACUUUUCAUGACAGAGCUGAAAGAAGAAAUGAAAACUGAUGAUUUGGAAAGUGCUCUCGGUCUGGUAAAAGACAAGAUAAGUGCCCAGGAUUAUGAAUCCAUUUCUAAGACAAAGUCACCCAAGCAAUACCUAGAUUCCCUGGAAAAGUUAGAUCUCAUAGGCGAGGACAAUACCAAUUUUUUGUACUUACUGUUGAAAUCAAUCCCCAUGGUAGACUUCAUACCUAACUUGGAGAAAUAUCAAGAAAAAUGGGAAGAAAGAAGGGCAGCAUCAGGGGUGUAUAGUCGCGAUCCUAGCUUUGUUGGACGUGUGACAGAAAUAGCCAGGCUGGUGAAGGAGCUCGGGAAGACCAGCCGUAACGUGCAGCUAGUCUGUCUGACAGGCAUCGCAGGGAUGGGGAAGACGGGUCUGGCCAAAGAGGCCUGUUACAGGCUACAGAGGAGGGUGUUCUUUAUAAACCUGAGGGACAAAGGGAACAUGCAGGACGUGUUCAUGACAGUAGCCGCUGCUCUGGACCUGCGACUGGACCUGCAGAGGGGCUCCCUCACCGACUGGAUCGGGGUUCUAAAGGACUGGAUCAUAGAGUGUGACGAAGACGUAACCAUAUUUCUGGACAACGUUGAUGACCUCCUCGAACCUGGGUCGUCUCGCAUGCCAAACAUGAACAGACAAAACUUCCUCAACCUCCUCAGCGAGGUUCUCAAGAUCAAGACCGAGCACGUCAAGAUCCUCCUGACGUCUCGCUACAAGCUCAAGAUGGAGGAAUACAACGGGGACGUGGUAGAGAUCCCUUUGACGAGGCUGGACCCUGAAGACGGGGUCAGGCUGCUGAAGAAGAGUUCAGGGCUUGUCGGUGAAGGCAUGGAUGACGACGAGUGCAGCAACAUCGUCGAAGGAUGCGGCCAUUCUCCACUUGCAAUCCGCGUGAUCGCGCGACAUCUGAAGGACGGCCGCAUCAGCCCCGCCGAGGCCCUGAGCCAGCUGAUCACCAAGGGACGGAAAGCGAAGCAGGCGCUGCGACCCUCCGCCGUGAGCGAAGAAGAGAACAUCUUCGACUGCUUGAGGAUGACUUUUGACGCCUUACCCGACAAACUCAAGAACAUCCUGGUGAGCCUGUCUGUCUUCCAAGGAUCCUUCACGUGCGACGCUGCGAACGAAAUCCUUGGAUCGUCCUCCAGACUCAACACCGAGCUUGAUCUUGAGUUUGUCCAAGACAGGAACCUUCUCGAGUACGACGACUUAAACGACCGCUAUGACCUCCACACGCUGGUCCGUGUCUUCCUGUCCAAGGCUCACAAGGGGUCGGAGAUGUUGACAAAGGCACGCACACAAGCUGAGAAGCGUUUCCUUCAGUACUACAGCGUGCUUGCCCAGAAUCUCUCCAUGGAAAGCACCACUAAAUUCUUUGAAGCGUUUAGUCGAUUUGAGGUGGAGAGGGCAAACUUCCACUACUACAUCGAACUCUCAGCCACCAAAGGGAAAGUCGUGGACUUCGAGUCCAAGUCGGACAUCGAUAUGUGGAGCAAAGUCUACUUAUUCUUCCACACAUUCCUGAGCAUUGAUGAGCGGGAACGCUACUUUGAAGGAAGGGCUAAAGCCGCAGAGUUGGAGGGAAACACUCUGAACCAUGCCUUCAUGAAGUGCUGGCAGGCCGAGCAGCUAGUAGAAAGAGGCUUACUCAAUGAUGCAUUGAAGAUUGUCGGCAAGCUUAUGAAGACGCUAACAGAAAUGGAGAAGACAAAGAACUCUGACGGGCUGCAGCUGACCUUGGCAAGGUGUUACUACAUCAAGGGAAGAGUCCUGGUAUACAGGAAACAGCACAAGGACAGUUUAAAGCUCCUAGAAGACACCUUGGGUAUCGAGAAACAGGUUCUGAAGAAGCACACCCUGACAGCCAGGACUCUGAACAUGCUGGGACACGUCUACUUUAACAUCGAGCAUGAGGAGAGAGCGAAGGUGUACCACGAGGAGGCCUACAACAUGCUGAAGAAACUCGUGCGCUCGGAGAAUCACCCGGAUUUUCCCAACUACCUGACAAACAUUGGCGCGUGCUACCAUCGCCUGGGCAACAAGCAUCCCAGAGAAAGUCUGGAGAGCACAGAGAACUACGAACGAGCGCUAGAUUACUACGACAAGGCGUACCAGUUACAGGUGAGACUGAAGAUGGAGGGACAUCAGGGCACCGCAACGGUGUUCAAGAACAAAGCUACAACAUUGGUGGAGAUGGAAAGGUUUGAAGACGCCAGGCCGCUCGCCGAGAAGGCCCUGAAGAUUCGCAGGAGGAGACAUAUCCCCGGCAUGCCUGACUUGGCUCGAGCUCUCUACUUCGUGGGGUCCAUUUACCUGGACCUGGGAAAAGAGGCUGCGGAUAGACAGGACAGAGACGCGGCCCGUGAUCAGUACCAGCUGGCUAAGCGGUACUUUGACGAGGCGUUGGAUGAGGAGCUGGACCUGGGUGUUGGUCAGCAGAGCGUGGACUUCCAACGGCUGCAGAGGGACACCAGGAAAGUACUGAAGAAGCUACACAAGGGAGCAAAGGUCGAACAGAAGUAUGAACAGAAGUUCCUGAGGGCAGAGAUAGGAGGAAGGCACAGGAGGGAUGACAGUGAUGAUGGCUCCUCCUCCGGCAGCAGUGAGCACAAGAGAUCAGGGGAAGAGGACGACUCAAGCUCAUCAGAAGGCUCCCCUCCCCCCUCCCCAUCCAAGAGGGCAAGGCUAGCAGAGACACCUAGUGGAGAAGACCCGGAACUGCAGGGCUCAGCACAUUCCUCACCACAGGAGGAGCCAACUCCUGGGUCUUCUGGAGAGGCACAACCAGAGGAGCAACAGAGGUCCAUGUACUUUGUAGAAGAGGUAGAAGUCAUCUGUAUCCCGAACAGUACCACCAUCGACUACACUACAGUCAGCGGCCCAAUCACCACUACCUAACAACCUUCCAAAAGUUGAGAACUGAGACAAAAUGCGAAACAUAGGAGAAAGGCGCUAGUGAAAGUAAUACACACAUUCCUUCAUUCUAGAUCUAUUCACAGACUACAUGAUAUUAUCAAGAAGUGAUCUUUUAUCCAAACACCACGACCCCAUGCCCUUAUACUAACUCUACGACCUUGGAACUUUUGACCAAUGGCACACCAGUUCAUACCGCAGCAAAACGUAAAGGGUGCUUAAAUGUGAGAAUAUUUCGCCUUCGUUACUGUUCAAAGGAAGUGUUUUGUAGAACGACCUUAGAGGUCACUAAAGUUGAUCAGAUUAUGCAUAGCUGUGUCUUGAUUACUGUAUCAGAUUUCAUUUGGGGAAUGAUUUGUUUAGUCUACAUGUAGGCUUAAGGGAAUGUAGACCUAUGCAGUCAAGCAUAAUUUGUCGCUUUUCUGUAACUCUAUCGUAUUUUGAAUAAGUCUUAUACCUACAAGGAAUUGUAUCAAUAACUCGCAUAUAUAUAGCACUCUACUAUUGUACAUAAAUAAAUUAAGCUGAAUUAUCAAAUCUUUAUUUCAAAAAAUGAUAGUUUUUGCGUUUGUAAUGUUGCCUAGUGUAUUGCAGAGGCAGUUAUUUUUAUUAAUAUAUAUUUUGAUCAUAUUUUGCCUUGAUUAUAGUCUAAGAAAAUAUUGAUGGACCUG